AUGGCUGUUCUCUCUGAACAUUCAGAUGGAUUUUCAUCUUCAUCAACUCAUGGUUAUACAUAUGAUGUGUUUUUAAGUUUUAGAGGCGUUGACACUCGUCAUAGUUUCACUAAUCAGCUUUAUAAGGCACUCAUGGAUGCCAAAAUCACUACCUUCUUGGAUGAUGAAGAGAUUGAAAUAGGGGAAGAUCUGAAACCGGAAUUGGAGAGUGCAAUUAAAGCAUCUAGGGCUUCUGUUAUUGUGUUGUCCAAGAAUUAUGCUACUUCAACAUGGUGUCUUGAUGAAUUAGUGUUGAUCCUUGAGCAACAUAUGACAUCCAACCAUAUUGUUUUCCCUCUCUUUUAUCAAGUGGAGCCCACUAAUGUCAGGAAGCAAACAAGUAGCUUCGGAGAUGCAAUGGCUAAGCAUAGACAGAGGAUGGAGGUAGAGACAGAUGCAAAUAAAAGAAGUAAAUUAGCUCAAAAGGUGGAAAAAUGGAAUAAAGCGCUUACAGAAGUUGCUGAUUUAAAAGGGAUUGACAUAAAUGGCAGGAAAGAGACAGAGGUUAUUAAAGAAGUUGUAAAUGACAUCUACAAUAGAUUACGUAUAUCCUCAAGGAGUCCUCUGCCACAACUUAUUGGAAUGGACAAUUCUAUUAAAUUUGUCACUUCAUGGUUGCAAGAUGCAUCCUUACAUACAACAAACAUACUCACUAUUUUAGGUAUUGGUGGAAUCGGGAAGACAUCUUUAGCCAAAUAUGUCUACACGUUACAUUGUCAUGAAUUCCACACAAGCAGUUUUAUUGAAGAUAUCGGUAGGAGAUGUGAUGCAAAAGCUAGUGGUUUGCUUGAUUUACAACAACAACUCUGUGAUGACAUUUCAAAAACAACUUCAAUUCUAGUUAAUAAUGCUUCUAUGUACACCUCAAAAAUAGAGAACGUAGUCUCCCGUAAAAAGGUGUUUCUAGUUCUUGAUGAUAUCAAUAGUCUUGACCAGUUAAACGCGUUACUUGGAAGCAAAGCUUUUCAUCCAGGAAGCAAAAUCAUAAUAACAACAAAGGACGCGUGGUUAACAGAGAGUUGUGCACUAUUCAAAAAGAACUUUAAACCCAACCAUUUAAAACACUUGCUUGAAGGGUUAGAUGACACUGGGUCACGGAAACUUUUGUGUUUUCAUGCAUUCAUGUCCGAUGAUCCGAAUCCAGGCUAUGAAGAGUUGUCAGAUAAGCUUGUGAAAUAUUGUGAAGGACAUCCAAUGGCUCUUAAAGGUAUGGGAAAGUCUUUACAUAAUCGAGAUGUAUCUUAUUGGGAGGGAUGCAUGGAAGAGUUAAAGAAAGAAAAUGGUGCUCGUAUACAUAAUGUGUUAAGAGGGAGCUUUGACUCUUUGCCAUCUAAUGAUAAUAAGGAGUUGUUUAAGGAUAUUGCUUGUUUUUUUGUUGGAAUGGAUAAAGAUGUAGCAAUUACAAUAUUAAAUUCUUUUGGUAUAGAAACAAGAAAUGGAAUCACUAAUUUAAUCGACAGAGGUCUUCUAAGUAUCAACCAGAAUAACAAGUUAAUGAUGCGUCAAUUGAUUCAAGAGAUGGGAAGAUACAUCGUAUGUGAAGAAUCACCUAACAAGCCAUGGAAACGGAGUCGAUUAUGGUGUGAUGAAGAGUCAUUCAAAGUGUUGAAACAAAAAAAGGGUAAAGGAAAUGUUCGAGGCCUCACCCUUGACAUGAGAAUGCUUGAGAAAGAGAAGUUACGUGGAUCAGUUGAGUUGAAAACAGAUGCAUUGAUAAUUCACAACUACUUCAGAAGAGGCAAAAGUUGGAUGGAUCUUGUUUAAAAGGCAAAAGGGUUCUUGGAUCAUUGAAGAUUCUUAAUUUAAGUUUUUGUGAACAACUUAUUAGUCUGGGUGGCUUUGAUGAACUCCCGGCACUUGAGAGGCUAAUAGUUACAAAUUGCAUUGGUUUGCGUGAAGUUUGUGAGUCAAUUGAACAAUGUGUUGAACUUGUUCUUGUUGAUCUGAGUUACUGUAUCAAGAUUGAAAAGCUUUCAAGAAUUGUAUGCGUGUUGAAGAAGGUUAAAACAUUAUUGCUAGAGGGUUGUAAUCUUGGUGAAUCUUGAAGUGAUAUUGUGGAUUUGCUC